AUUCGAUGUCGUCACACGAUCAUCGCUCGCUGUCGUGCGAUUCCUGCGACAGCCUUAGCGUGCUGGCGGUGGAACAACAGUUGCGCCAAAUGCAACAGCAGCUGAACGAAAUCAGCGUUAUACCGAUGCAGAUUCAGGCAACGCUUAGCUUCCUCACGCAAACUUUGUCCAAAUUUGCACCACCCGAGGUACAACGGCAGCUUCCGGAAGCGCUUCGGGCUAGUACAAAACAGGCUACCGACGAAAUGGACGAGUUUGUAAAUGGAACCGAAGCAACGCCAACGGACACAACUGACGAUGGCGAUGUGAAGGAGGAAGAAGUAUAUGCCAUUACGCUGGAGUCUCUGUUCGAUGAGUCGGAGGUCCUAGAGACGAUACCGUUCCGGGGAGACGAUGAUGAUGGGCAGUCGUGGGAAGAAAUGGACACACCCGAGGAACCUGAAAUUAAUGAAGAAGAGCGAUCACGUAUUGAAAAGCUGGAGCGUAUCAUCAAGCUGCAAAAAACCUGGCCAUGGAGUCAAAAGGAAAAGCCUAUUCAUAAGCGUUCGAAUUGCCAUUUGGUGCCGAGCGUUGCGUUGGAGCGGUCAAAGAUCAAGCAACUGACGAACAUGGACUCACUACCUUUCUACAAGCACGGAUAUCUCACGCGAGUUUGAAAAAUACGGCGCAAAAUUCGAAGCCAUCCACUUGUUAUGUUUUCAACAAUGCGUGUGCCUUGUCGAGUUGUUUGUUCAAAAUAUAUGAUUUUUUUUUU